UUUUGACGCCUACAUCUAAAACUCAAGUUGUUAAUAGAUUCUUUAAGCUAAAUUCUGGAUACUGACAUUAUCAGGGUUGAUGGCAAGAGGCCUGAUGGGGUGUCCUUGGUUCCUUGGAGCCUGGGACGGAUAUUAGUGUGGGAUGCUAUCUGCGUAGAUACACUGAUACCGUCCCACCUCCAACGGACUAAUGUUAAAGCGGGCGCAUCGGCGGAAAACGCUGAAAUUUUGAAACGUAAUAAAUAUAAGAGCCUCGGUAGAGAGUAACAUUUGGCGUUGAAACUCUAGGGCCAUGGGGUCCCAGCGCGCACAAGUUUUUUGCAGAAAUCGCGAAGCUGGUCGACGUAACUGGUGACCGAAGAGCUGACGGCUUCCUCGCACAAUCUAUCGGUAUUGCAAUGCCUCAAGGGCCUAUUUUAGAUUUAAGCUAGCUAUAGUACCUAUAGUGCCUAUGAAGCUGAUGGUCCCGGGUUCAAAUCCUGGUAAGAGCAUAUAUUUGUGUGAUGAACACAGAUAUUUGUUUCUGAGUCAUGGGUGUUUAUAUGUAUUUAAGUAUUUAUAAUUAUAACAUAUUAUAUCGUUGUCUAGGUACCUACAACACAAGCCUUAUUGAGCUUACUGUGGGGCUUAGUCAAUUUGUGUAAUAAUGUCCUAUAACAUUUAUUUAUUAUUUAUUUAUUUAUUUAUAGUAAUCCUCUGUAUAUAUCCAUUAUGUAUAUUGUUACUGUAAAUUAUAGAUAAUAUUGUCAUUCUUGGUGGAAAUAUACUAGUAAUUCUUCGAUUCUCGUCUCGCCUCGCUUCGCCUCUGGAACAGAACUUUAUACCUACUUAACAGGUAAUGUAAAAACCAUAAGCACUGCGCAGAAGUUAUAAUAGCAGUACAAAGUUAAGCGGCUAAAUGAAAUGUUCUACGUUCUUAAAUACAAUAUUAAAUAAUAUUAACCUUUAAUAUUCGGCUAUAUCAGCAUGGAUAUAAAACGAUUGUAUGAGGUUUUGAAGAAGAGAUUUGAUGAUGGUUACGUCAAUUCGCCUCUAGAUUUUAAGUAUGUGGCUCAAUUGCGUUUCGUGAUGACGACCAUAGGCUCCUGGCCAUAUAAGCAAUUUGGACGAAAUCAAUUAGCGGCCAUUUUGUCCAUAUACAACGCCUUUCUCAUACUCGUUGGCACCACUUUGUCCGUUUUGGGAUUAAUCUAUAUGCGUGUCAAUAGAGUAAAACUGUCGUUUUUUGAUUUGGGCCAUACUAUUUUAUGUUGGACUUUUGAUACCCUGUAUCUGCAAAGGCUAUUGACGGCAAGGACAAGCAAAUAUCAAGAAAUAAUAAAGGAUUAUUUACUUGACUUUCACUUGUUUUACUUCAAAGGCCGGUCACCAUACGCUGAAAAGGUACACGUGCAAAUCCACAUUAUAUCAGGAAUGUUCACGAUCUACGUGAUGUGGCAGAUGUUCAUAGGAGUGUCUUUGUUCAUAUUCAUGCCGUGGUUCAACAAUUAUAACAGAGGCAUGUUCAGUGAAAACCGGCCCCAAAACAGCACGUUUGAGCACUCUGUAUACUAUUAUCUGCCUGAAGCCGUUUAUACUACUGAAAAGGGUCAUUGGAUGUUAUUUAUCUUCAAUAUUCCAAUUUCCUACGUCACCACAAUCGGACUUUGCGUUUUUGAUCUCUUACUGAUCUUGAUAGUGUUCCAAAUUUGGGGGCACCUGAGGAUUCUGAAGCAUAAUUUGCAAAACAUUCCACUCCCGGAAAACAGUAUUAUGUACUCAGUUGAAGAAAAUAAUAAUAUACGAAUGUUAUUAAAGGAGAAUAUAUCACAUCACAACUUUAUUAUAAAAUUCGUAGACAGAUGCUCGGAUGCGUUCAGCGAAUACCUGUUUGGAUUCUACUUGUUUAUGCAAUUCAUCACAUGCAUCUUGCUGUUGGAAGUUACGUCGUUCACCGCCGAUUCGCUGGCUAAGUACGGCCCCUUAACCAUUGGAAUGCAUCAGCAGUUAAUACAAGUGUCCAUAUUGUUCGAGAUGUUGAACACUAAGAGUGAGCAGCUGGUAGACGCCGUAUACGCCAUCCCGUGGGAGCAUAUGGACACGAAGAACAGGAGAACUGUGUUGUUUUUCCUGCACAGGAUCCAGAGCCCAGUCAGUCUGAAGGCCGCCAAGGUCGUCCCUGUGGGGGUUAACACUAUGUCUGCGGUUCUAAAGACUACGUUCUCGUAUUACAUGAUGCUGAAGGCGUUAGCUGGGGAGCGAUAAAUCAAGUGGGAACGUGCGAAAAUAUUUACAUAGUCAGAUAUAAAUUAUCAAUAAGUUUUUUGCAGAAAUUUCAUUUUUGGUACAAGCAUUAUCGCUGCCUGUUCGUUUCCUUCCACAGGCAAAUAAUACUUAUCGAGACAAUUUUAAUAACCCCAAACACAAUUAGUUUGCAUUGUUUUAUCAGAGAGUUCAUCAUCAUGUGAUCAUAAUAUUGCAUUGACUUCCGAUUUUUAUGUACGCAAAAUUUCAGCUCAAUCGGAAAUCGGGAAGUGGGUCUUUAGCUUCCAAGAUUCGAUCCACACAAACUAACAAACGUACAUACUAACAUCUGCUUUAUCUACAUCCAUAUCAUAAGCUUCAACACAAAACGCAACAAACUAUUCAUAUACUUACAAACUAAUUAAAAGAUAACAAAACGUCAAAUGGCGGUAAAUGAUUUUUUCAAGCGUGUUACGCAUCCGUACUUUUUUUUAAUUCAGAGACAAACUAGAGUCGGGGCCGACGGCCAUAUCGUUCGAUAUCAAGUCAUACGAGAUUCGUCAAAACUGUUUGCAAUUGAUAUUUCAUUUCGAAUAAAUCGUCAUCUCGGCUGAUAUUAGAAUAGACGUCAAAUCAAAUUCCUUUGUUUCUUCAUUAAAAUAUUGGCUAUCCAUAACGUAAAGUAAAGAUUACGAUACCACCACAGAUUAGGGUUUGUAAAUAUAGGCCAUUAUAAUACCUUAUCGCUUCUGAACAUACUGUAGGCAAGUUAUGAUAUGGAAAGUUAUAAUUAGUACAUUACGAUACGAGUGCGAAAAAUAGGAAAUUCGCGACGAGUGGGGAUAAAUUAAAACACGACCAAAGGGAUUGUUUUAAAUCGACACGAGUUGCGAAUUGCCUAUUCGCACAUGUAUCAUACAACAUUUUACGUUUUUUGACGACCAGUUUGUCCUAGUGACCCCCCUACGAAGCCGAUGGUCUCGGGUUCAAAUCCUGGUAAGGGCAUUUAUUCGUGUGAUGAGCAUGGAUAUUUGUUCCUGAGUCAUGGGUGUUUUCUAUGUAUUUAAGUAUUUAUAAAUAUUUAUAUAUUAUUAUAUAUCGUUGUCUAAGUACCCUCAACACAAGCCUUAUUGAGCUUACUGUGGGACUUAGUCAAUUUGUGUAAUAAUGACCUAAUAUUUAUUUACAGUACAUAAUGUCACUUUACGUACUCUUCGAAAGGUCUUGGACGUGCGCACGGUUGGUGCGCCUCUCCUAUACUUGCGCACGGUUGGUGCGCCUCACCUACUAGCGCGUCCAGUUGGUGCGCCUUCCGUGAGUGCGCCCCACCUUUAAGCGUGCGAGCCUGGGCUCGCUUCUGGAGUACCCCUGCCGAAGUGUGUACCUGCCGGACGACGGUGCGCCCUGCGCCCUCCCUUCUUUAUCUAGUUCGGAGUUGACCUUUUCUUCUUAACCUUAUAUAACUAAACACGAUCUAAUGAUACACGAUUUUGUCUGCGGUAAGCGUGUACCGCCUUUGUAAUUUUAGUGCCGUAUUGACUCGGUGACUUUGGCUGGAAAAUAAAGUAACCUACCCAUGA